GCGGCGCGCGGGGAGGACGAGCAUGAGGAGCCCGGCCGGACUGGGAGCGCCGCUGCUGGUCCUGGCGAUGCUGGGCGCCCUGGGAGCCGCCGCUGGCGACGGUGUGGAGAGGUGUGAACGGAAUGAAUUCCAGUGUGGGACCGGAGACUGCAUCCCUUACAAAUGGGUUUGUGAUGGCCGGGCAGAGUGCAAAGAUGGCUCUGAUGAAUCCCUGGCAGCCUGCACCUCUGUGACUUGUGAUCCGGGGCAGUUCAGGUGCAGCGGUCGCGUAAGUCGUUGUAUUGAUAUAUCCUGGCGUUGUGACUCUCACGUGGAUUGUGAAAAUGGAUCAGAUGAAGAGAAUUGUCCCCCUAAACCUUGUGUGGAAAAUGAAUUCCAGUGCCAGAAUGGGAAUUGCAUCGCUAAGGAUUUUGUCUGCGACAAAGAGGACGAUUGUGGGGACGGAAGCGACGAAGCCCACUGCCCGGCCCCGACCUGCCACCCCGAAAUGUUCCGAUGCAACAACUCCCAGUGCAUUCCCAAGCUCUGGGCUUGUGACGACGACCCUGACUGUAAGGAUGGAUCGGACGAGUGGCCGGAGCAUUGUGGAGCAGGAGCGGCAGCUAAGAAACCCAACCCUUGCUCUUCAUUGGAGUUCCACUGCGGGAGCGGGGAGUGCAUCCACCAGCGCUGGAGAUGUGACGGAGGCUUUGAUUGCCGGGAUAAAUCAGACGAGACGAACUGUGCUAAAUCUACGUGCCGCCCAGAUGAGUUUCGGUGCGAUGAUGGUUCAUGCAUCCAUGGAAGCCGGCAGUGCAACAACGAAAAUGACUGCAAAGACAUGAGUGACGAAGUUGGCUGUGUCAAUGUGACAACCUGCGAAGGGACAAACUCAUUUAAGUGCCAUUCUGGAGAGUGUAUCUCUAUGGACAAGGUCUGCAAUUCAAAGAGAGACUGCAGCGACUGGUCGGAUGAACCCAUCAAGGAAUGCCGAACAAAUGAAUGCUUGGCCAACAACGGUGGUUGUUCUCAUGUAUGCAAUGACUUGAAAAUUGGAUAUGAGUGUUUGUGUCCUGAGGGCUUCCAGCUGGUGGAUCAAAGAAAAUGUGAAGAUAUUGAUGAAUGCCUCAACCCUGAUGCCUGUAGCCAAAUCUGUAUAAAUCUAGAAGGAAGCUACAAGUGUGAAUGUAACAAAGGCUAUCAGGUCGACCCUGCCACCAGGGCUUGCCGAGCAGUUGGCACAAUUGCAUACCUUUUCUUCACCAACCACCACGAAGUCAGAAAGAUGACUCUGGAUCGCAGGGAGUACACCAGUUUGAUACCCCACCUAAAAAACGCAGUGGCUUUGGAUAUGGAAAUUGCCAAAAACGUCGUCUACUGGUCUGAUCUCUCUCAGAAGAAAAUAUACAGCACCCCAAUCGACAGGGCUGACAACCAUUCGCAUCAUUCCACGGUGAUCAGCAGCGGCAUUCAAGUUCCAGACGGCAUAGCUGUCGACUGGGUGCACAGCCACCUAUACUGGACUGACUCAAGCCUGGGCACUAUCUCUGUAGCCAGCACUGAAGGCUUGAAGAGGAAGACUCUUAUCAAGGAGGAUGGUGCCAAGCCGCGGGCCAUCGUGGUUGAUCCAGUGCAUGGAUUCAUGUACUGGACUGACUGCGGAUCAUCGGCUAAAAUUUCCAAAAGCGGUCUGAACGGAGUAGACACCUUUCCCUUAGUGAACGAAGGCAUUCAUUGGCCAAACGGAAUAACCCUGGAUCUGGCCAACCAGCGCCUCUACUGGGUAGAUUCCAAGCUCCACUCUCUUUCCAGCAUCGAUGUGAAUGGGAGAAACAGGAAGACCGUCCUUGUGGAUAAAGAAAAUCUCGCUCACCCUUUUGCCAUCACUGUCUUUGAGGAUAAAGUAUUCUGGACGGAUCUAACAAACGAUGCAAUUUUCAGUGCCAACCGCAUCACUGGCUCCGAUAUCGUCAAAAUGGCCGAGGAUCUGUUUUCUCCAGAGGCUAUGACUCUGUAUCACAAUGUGCGACAGCCAAAAGGUGUCAACCAGUGUGAGAAUAAUGGCAUCCCGAAUGGAGGCUGCCAGUAUCUGUGUCUUCCUGCCCCGCAAAUCACUCUGCACUCUGCCAAGUACACCUGCGCCUGUCCUGACGGCAUGCACCUGGCUACAGACAUGAGAAGUUGCACGACAGAUAACGUUGUCCCUGAUGCCUCAACUUCUGUCAGUGCGAAACCGGUGCCAUCCACCGUAAGAACCACAACUGUAGCACAGCUCCUUACCAACGCUCCAACACGCAAAACUGGACACCAGCCUCCUACUACUGCCCCCACUGUGUUGACCAAAAAUGCCACAGGCCUUCCUGGACUUACCACCCCAGAAGUGGUCACCUUGUCCCAGCAAGCACGAAAUGGCAUUGCUGCAGAAACUGAUGGUGAAAACCAUGGUAGCCGAACAGCACUCUCUAUUGUCCUACCGUUGGUGCUGAUCAGUUUAAUCUCCUUUGGGGUCUUUCUGGUUUGGAAAAAUUGGCGGCUCAAGAAUAUCAACAGCAUCAAUUUCGACAACCCGGUCUAUCAGAAAACGACAGAGGAUGAGGUUCACAUUUGUCGGAGUCAGGAAGGAUAUAUUUACCCGUCGAGACAAAUGGUCAGUCUAGAGGAUGACGCGGCCUGAACCUUCGGCACCGGAAGUGCCUCUUUCCAACCUUUGCUGCUCAUUUUCUGGGAGAGAAGUUUCAGUUCCCUCUCAGUUGUCCUGGCUAACACCACUUCCGGAGUGACUUUAUGGACCUUAAUCUCCCCUUUUAAAAAAAAAAGACCGACAGAGACAGUACGUGGGUCACCCGUGGUCUUCACAGCCCUGAGCAAAUGAAGCUUGAUGGUCUCGUUGGGUUUUUAUUUUUCCGCAUAUUUAUUACGGUUUUUUGUCUGCCGCGCUGCCAAGAUGCUGAUCUUGCCUGCUGGGCCUGAGGUUUCUUUUUAGCAGGGUUUCUUCUUUCGUACACCCUGGGCAGGGUUUCUUCUUUCGUACACGUGAAGGAAAAGUAGGAAGUUAUGGAAGGGAAGAAAGCAAAACUGGAUGCAAGUUGGGGAGUCUUAGGACCCUCGAAUGGGUGGCUGACCUUGUCUCUUGUUCCACUGAAGGUACCCACAGGCAGACAUGAAGCAAGCUUGGCCGGGAGCCUUAGCUUGAGGUUUCGAAAGCCAAGCCUGUGUCUGGCCCAGGCCCGAGAAGCCUUUGAAGCGAUCCCACCGCUUGUGCCAUAAAACAAGAAAGAGUGACUUUGCUUGCUGUGGCCAAAGAAAACAAAAACUCUGGGGUCUGUCUCAUGCUUCGAUCCGGCUGGAAACCUGUUUGCGGGCCCCGAGGUUCCAGUUCCUCUUUCCCUGCUAGCCUACCUUGCACUUUGGUUUCUUGUCCUGCUUCGUGACACGUGUAGCCUGUAUUUAACUGUUUGCACUUGAUUCCUUUGUCUCUUGUCACAUGUGCUAAGAAAUCCAGACCGAUGGGGAAAAGGAAAAGAGUGUUCUGCUCUUUGUGCGUUUGGUGCCAACGAACCGAGGGCAGUAAGAUCGGGCUGGCCAGGAAACCAGGGAACUCGAAGCCAUUCUCCUGCGCUCUGUCUUGAGUGCAGGGUUCCCGUUGCCUUAGCCGCCAACUCCUUAUGCCAGGGAUUGCUUAACAAUUCUUUCCUGCUUUCAGGCUUCGUCUUGCUGUUGUUUUAAAUGCUAUUACCCCCCUCCCUUUAUUAUGGGAGGGGGCUUCAGGAGCGAAAUGCGGAACGGAGUUGCUAGUCCCGCUCUGGUUCUGCCUCUUCGUUUCAAACGUGACACGUGUCAUAAAAGCGGGCCGAGUCUGAACUGCUGUUGUGCUGCUUCUGCGUCUUGACCUUUUGGGAGAGCCCCUCGUCUCUUCUUGCUGCUUUUACAGAGCUGACAGUAGGUGGUUCUCUGUGGUCCCGAGGCAGCCGGAUCAGAUUGCAAAUAGUAAAUCUGCUUUAACUUAACCCUGUCUCCUCGACAGGGAUGGACAGAAAGUCCCGCUCGCAGGACCUGUAAUGCCAAGCAUUCAUGAACAAGACCUAGAAUAGCGAGCGGAGACUUCAUUUCAUUCAUGGCCUGGCACAUCUAAUUCCCUCUCAAGGAAGGGAAAGAAAGCACUAUAUACUAUACUGAGGAAAAGCACUCAAACCUUUUGGCCUGAAGCUGUGAAAAGAUUCCAACCUCUUCUUGUGAAGGUGUAAAUAGAUACCUGUACAGCACUGAGAUACAGAUAUAGAUUAUAUAUAUAUAUAUAUAUAUAUUUCCUUUGCAUAAAAGUUGCCUUCUGGUGUGUAUUUGUACAUAUGUUUAUAAAAUACAUGAUUUAUUUAUUUCUAAGUUUAUAUUCUUACGGUUUCUAAUUAAUUUGGCUUCCUAUUUCAUCCCACCUCUCCCUGUGAGGGAUUUUUGUUUUUGUAUCUUGAAGUGAAACUUGGGGCAGAGGGUAUAUGUGAACGGAGAGUGUAUGACUGAAGAAAUCAGGUUAGCUGUGAUUGUGUUAAUCUGGAGUAAACCUGACUCUGUGAACACUGUAAACUAUACACAUUUUCAGAAAUGUAUUUUACGCAAUGUAUACAACUGUCUUCUUUUCCACUUCAGUAUCAAGCAUUUUGAAUCUGUCUCCCCAUUAGAAUAAUCAAGUGAUGCAUUGGUUACUAAUUAUCUACUAUCUUGUUUUUCUUCAUUAAGGUGCUCUUAAUGCACCUUAAUGAAGGUGGGGACCUGAAGACCAGAGAGUGACUGUCUCCUAUCUUUUGCAGUAUUUAUGCGUAUGGUAACAUGGCGGGGACGCUCUUCUCUUCAGCAGCAUCUCUCGCUUACUACGGCACGUGUACACGUGCGCUGCAUCUUCCUGCCCUUUCAGCAGGGACGGAGCUGGAUUGAAACAGGCUCGUCUUCUCUCCCGUCACUCUUGUAUUGUGACUUCUUCAUCUUACAUUCAUCUCUCUUCAGCAGCUUUACAUGCUGUUGUCAGAUUUAAAGCAUACGAUGGUUGUGGAACUCGACAGAUCCUAAGUUUCUUUUUCAAAGAAUAGCUUCAGAGCUCCAAACAUCUGUAGAAACAUCAUGCAUGGUCCCCCGUCCCCCCCCCCCGCAAAGGAUAGUCUCAUCCGUUCUGUGUGGGUAUUUCUGUACUAGUUCUAGGGCCUCACAAUGAAUGGGUUUUUGUCUAAAUGAAAUGUUGGCGGCUGAGUUGGCCAACUUAGAUGAAGGAUGGCACUCUUUGUCAUUGUAUUUGAUCCGCUCAUGCCCGCAACGCCUUCCUUCUGGCUUAGGGUCACCGGUUGCUAAGACAUUAAAGCAGCGAGAUGAUUAGAUUGCUGCCGUGACAUUCAGGAGGGAUAGAAAGGCCUCUUUCAUAGGAGCUCUGACGCAGACAUUAGUUAGCAGGCUCCUCUUCUGCCGCUGGUGGUCUGGUCUUGAUCCGUCUGUUAAAAAGCCUGCUGUGAGAGGCCUUUUUCUACGCACAUGUUGGUGCUCAAAUGACAGUCGUUUUAAAGCUGCUUUGGGUUCCGAAUGGAAAUGGAGAGAAAUUUUUAACCGCUAGAUUUUGAGAUGGGAAUUAUUCUAUCUCCGUUCUUCCGUUACUUUCCCAAUGCUUCCUAUUUGGAGGUACUGGCUCUGCAGAUACUAGGUAAGACCCUCAGUGGCCUACUCUUUCCUUUUAUGAAUUUCUGCCCUAUGAAUCUCUUCUCCAUCUCAUGAAUUAAAAUUCUAAGCAUUUCCUGGGGCUUGGCCAGCUAGGUUCUAGGUGUGCUGAACAAUGAACUUGCAUUAGUCUCACUGCAGCUCCCAAGGUACAAUUUUAUCAAAAGCAAGAAAAUCCAAGGAGCGUUUAUUGAGCUUUUAUUUUUGCUGUUUUCAUCUGUGUUACGGACAAAUUCCUCGAGGAAUGCCCUGGAACUCGGAGAAUGCUGUGCCCCUCUCCCCCUUGGUGUGUUCCAUGCUUGCUCUAGUUGACAUUCUAUUUUGUCCUUGUUUGUUGAGACACCAGUGCCCAAACGUGAAGCCCUUUUGAGCCUGGACGCCUUCAUCGCUAUGAUGGAUCCAGAUUUCCACACGCACACGGCGUAUCCUUGGAAGUAUGAUAAAACAGCCAAGUCUUGGCUUUACUUGCGCCUCUUUUCUUAAGGUCUUGAUUAUAUGUGAACAUCUGACAGGACAGGAAUUUUGUUCUUUCAGCUGCACUGAGAUCUAGGGCUUUUUAAAAAAAUAAAGUGUUCUUUGUCAAAAUCUCAGGGGUCUUCCCCAAAUAAAUCCUGAAAUAUAUUGAA